UGCAUCAUUCGUUAGGGAGAUCAAAACAAGAUGUCUGCGCCCAUGACGAAAUGUAAAAGCUGAAAAAAAUACUUAUUUAUUAGAGAUAUGUCGUCCUCUGACAAAACCGAUCUUACAGCACCUAUCAAAAGUGUUGAGGAGAAAUGGAAGCUAUUACCAGCAUUCCUGAAAGUAAAGGGAUUGGUUAAACAACAUAUUGAUUCAUUCAACUUCUUCAUCAAUGUAGAGAUAAAGAAGAUUAUGAAGGCUAAUGACAAGAUCACAAGUGAUGCUGAUCCAAACUUUUAUAUGAAAUAUUCCAAUAUAUAUGUUGGUAUGCCAGAUGUAGAGGAAGGAUUCAACAUAACCAAACCUAUUUCUCCACAUGAGUGCCGAUUACGGGAUAUGACUUACUCAGCUCCUAUCACAGUAGAUAUAGAAUAUACUAGAGGGAACCAGAGGAUUGUCAGGAAUAAUAUGCCAAUAGGAAGAAUGCCAGUGAUGUUAAAGAGUUCUAACUGUGUCCUGACUGGCAAGAGUCCAGCAGAGAUGGCUAAACUUAAUGAAUGUCCUAUGGAUCCUGGGGGGUACUUCAUCGUCAGGGGAGUGGAGAAAGUCAUUCUUAUACAGGAACAAUUAUCUAAAAAUAGAAUGAUUGUAGAUCUGAACAGUGGCAGGAAAAACACUGUGGAAUGUUCAGUUACUAGUUCCACACAUGAGAGAAAGAGUAAGACCUACGUUACAACAAAGAAUGACAAGUAUUAUCUACGUCACAACACCUUCUCUGAAGAUAUACCUAUAGCUAUAGCAUUUAAAGCCAUGGGUAUCGAGUGUGAUCAGGAGAUUGUACAGAUGAUUGGUAGUGAGGAGGAGGUACUAGCUUCCUUUGCUCCUUGUUUAGAGGAAUGUCAUAGAGCUCAGGUCUUCACACAAAAUCAGGCUUUAGGAUAUAUUGGCAAGCGAGUGAGGCAGAGGCACAUGUGGGGAGUUGGAAAGAGAACCAAGAUGGAUGAUGCCCGAGAGGUUCUACAUGAUGUUGUGCUGGCUCAUGUUCCUGUGGAAGAAUGGAACUUUAAAUUAAAGUCAGCUUACAUGGCCUUGAUGGUUAGAAGGGUCAUAUUGGCUAAAGGUGACAAGGUCAAGGCUGAUGACAGAGAUUACUAUGGUAACAAGAGGUUAGAAUUGGCUGGCCAGCUACUGUCACUUUUAUUUGAAGAUUUGUUUAAGAAAUUUAAUUCAGAGUUAAAAAGAAUAGCCGACCUGACUAUACCUAAGCCUAGAGCAGCACAAUUUGAUAUUGUACGACACAUCAGACAAGAUCAGAUCACUAACGGGCUGGUCAAUGCUAUAUCUACAGGUAACUGGUCAAUCAAGAGAUUUAAAAUGGACAGAUCAGGUGUGACCCAAGUCCUGUCCAGAUUGUCAUAUAUAUCAGCUUUAGGGAUGAUGACUAGAAUAUCCAGUCAAUUUGAGAAGACAAGGAAAGUGAGUGGACCUAGAUCAUUACAGCCAUCCCAGUGGGGAAUGUUAUGUCCAAGUGAUACCCCUGAAGGGGAGGCUUGUGGUUUAGUGAAGAACUUGGCAUUGAUGACCCAUAUAACCACAGAUUUAGAGGAAGCACCUAUAGUUAGACUGGCCUUUAACCUUGGUGUGGAGGAUAUACAGCUCUUGAGUGGAGAGGAAAUGACCAGUUCUGAUGUGUACAUUGUCUUUCUAAAUGGAAAUAUACUGGGAGUUGUGAGAAACUAUAACAAACUUGUAAAAACAAUUAGACAGAUGAGAAGAGCUGGAUUUAUUAACGAGUUUGUGUCAGUGUGCUGUAAUCAUAGUCAUAAAUGUGUAUAUAUAUCAACAGACGGAGGUCGAUUGUGUCGACCUUAUAUAAUAGUGAAGAACAGAAGACCACUGGUACAAGACAAACAUAUACAGGAAUUAAGUCAGGGAUUCAGGAGUUUUGAUGAUUUUCUGAAGGAAGGUUUAGUAGAAUAUUUAGAUGUCAAUGAAGAGAAUGAUUGUAUGAUAGCUUUGUAUGAAUCUCAGAUUAACAGUGAUACAACACAUCUAGAGAUAGAACCAUUCACAAUACUGGGAGUGUGUGCUGGACUAAUACCCUACCCCCAUCAUAACCAGUCUCCUAGAAAUACAUAUCAGUGUGCCAUGGGGAAACAAGCUAUGGGUACCAUAGGUUAUAAUCAGAGAAAUAGAAUUGAUACAUUACUAUACCUGCUGUGUUAUCCACAGGCACCACUUGUUAAAUCUAAGACCAUAGAAAUGAUAAACUUUGACAAGUUACCAGCAGGAAUCAAUGCUACCGUAGCUGUUAUGAGUUAUAGUGGAUAUGAUAUAGAAGAUGCUCUUAUUCUUAACAAAGCUUCUGUUGAUAGAGGUUUUGGUAGAUGUUUAGUGUACAGAAAACAGUCAGUUGUAUUGAAGAGGUAUGCUAAUGACACGUUUGACAAAGUAAUGGGUCCCAUGUUAGAUGCCACCACACAUAAACAGAUCUGGAAACAUGAACCACUAGACUCAGAUGGUAUUGGUGCUCCAGGCGAGAGAAUAGACAACAGACAAGUUCUUGUAAACAAAGCUGUUCCUGCUGUUACUGUGAGUCCAUUAGCUACAACUGCUGGACCCCCUCAACCCAGACAAGUGGACUAUAGAGAUGUACCAAUAAUGUAUAAAGGAAUAGAACCAUCAUAUAUAGAAAAGGUUAUGAUAUCCUCUAACACAGAGGAGUCCUUCCUCAUUAAAAUGUUGUUACGACAGACAAGGAGACCAGAAAUAGGGGAUAAAUUUAGCAGUAGGCAUGGACAGAAAGGGGUGUGUGGACUGAUAGUGCCACAAGAAGACAUGCCAUUUACUGACCUGGGAAUAUGUCCAGAUAUUAUAAUGAAUCCCCAUGGUUACCCCAGUAGAAUGACAGUUGGUAAAUUAUUAGAAUUGAUGGGCAGCAAGGCUGGUGUCUUAGAUGGAAAAUUUCAUGAUGGCACAGCCUUUGCUGGAGAUAAAGUUGCUGAUUUAUCAGAGGAUCUCGUCAGACAUGGAUUUAAUUAUCUUGGAAAGGAUUAUGUUACCUCUGGAAUCACAGGGGAGCCAUUAUCUGCCUAUAUUUUCUUUGGUCCAAUUUACUACCAGAAAUUAAAACACAUGGUGAUGGACAAAAUGCAUGCUCGAUCUAAAGGUCCCCGUGCUGUCCUGACACGACAACCUACAGAGGGCAGGGCUAGAGAUGGAGGGUUACGUCUGGGCGAAAUGGAAAGGGAUUGUUUGAUUGGUUAUGGUGCUAGUAUGUUAUUGUUAGAAAGACUGAUGAUUUCUAGUGAUUCUUUUGUGGUGGAUGUUUGUGGACAAUGUGGAUUACUUUGUUAUUCUGGCUGGUGUCAGUAUUGUAAAUCAUCAAGGAAUGUAUCCACGUUAAAAAUGCCUUACGCCUGUAAAUUGUUAUUCCAAGAACUACAAUCGAUGAAUAUAGUACCAAGACUGUCCCUGAAGAGAUAUAAUGAGGUGUAGCUAAAAACCGGAGUUGUUUUCGGAAGCGACUGACAUUACUUAAGACAGGGAUCAGAUAUCAGCUAGUGAUU